AAAACACUGGCGUAACGGGUCUGACAGUGGCGGUCAGAAGGCACAGUUCACGGUGGGGCUCCGACCCUACGAGACGCCAGCUUCAGGCUUGGACAGAAGAGAGAGAGAUAGAGAGAGCGAAGGGAAGGGAUUCAGUCAACAGAUCCUGUGGGAGACUGAAACUGUUCUCACUCUCCACAGUCAUGCUCCCCCCCACCUCCUCUGCUUUCUUUGCAGGUCCUAAGCUAGCUGCACUUUCACUGUUCUCUGCUGCUCUUCUCUCGCCGCUGUAAGGAUUGAAAUGGUGGGGUGGUGUCUACGACUGCAGUAGAGUGCAUUUUGUGGUUUGAUUUGGUGAAGUAUGUGGCGGCAUCAACGUUAAGUGGUUCGGUCCUUUUGAGAAGGAAUUAGAGCUGCCGUGAGCAUGAGUUGUUCGAGAGGAGGAGGAGAGCCGUUGCACUUGUUUAAGUUAGUUGGCGGCGUUUGGAGAGGACCUGGGACAAUGACUAGGUUAGAGUGAAAAAUUCUACAGCGGCGGUGUUGUGUGAUGACGGGGGCUGCGCUGUAGGUAUUGGAUGCGGGGCUUUGAAGAGGUGGGUUGCUCGACGUAGUGUUAUUUUUUUGGAGUGAGGUUGCUGGACUGGUGGUGGAUUACCAGGUUGGCGCACUUAGGCAGCGACCUUCCAGUCAGAAGGCAGAUAGGGAGAUCAGUUGAAAGGCAGAGAGGGAUGCGAAAUCAGAGGUCGGAUUCGAGGUUGCAGCAGGCUAGGGGUACGCAGCUCUUCAUAUGUGGCAUAUUCGGCAAUUGUGCCAGCUCGGUGUUGAGUCCCCGCACUCCCCCAGGCAUUCCAGAUUUUGGCAAGAAGACUGCCUUCGUAUGGGCCGCCAAUGAUUGCCACCUGCAGCAGCAGAUUGUGGACCAGGGGCGAUUCUGCGAGAGGUCUGAAAUUGGCAUCCCAUUGUCCGUACCUGUUCCGGGGUCGCCGUCUUCUGGGAGUGAAGGCGACAAUGCAUGCUCAAGCUCGGCCUCGGAUAGAAUGGAUCAUUGCUCUGUCAUGCAGGAAGGUUCUUCCGAGGGCAGGUCGUCCAUCACGUCGGAUGUGUCCGACUUCAGAGCCUCAGAUCUGGAGGAGCUUAUCGCAGAGAUCAAAGCUGGAAAUUGCACGAAGAUGAUCCUAAGUAGCUUAAAUAAGAAGCUUAGCAAGGAUCAUCGGGCGUCGAGGGAGCUCAUUCGAUCAUCAGGUAUAGCGUCGUGCCUCCUCUCUCUGUUGCUGUCGAGCAACUUGACCUUAACAGAAGAAAGGGGAGCUCGAUACUUGGUUGACGAGAGCCACACAUCCCCCGUGCUUGAGGACUCACUCGCCGCCCUUACGAUCUUGUCUGAAGAUGAAUCAGCGACACGGUCGAUGGCCACAGUGGAAUUCUUGCUGGUGGUGACAUGGUAUUUGUGCAAGGGGAGCAUCAAUGCCAAGGAGAACGCAUGUCUUCUCCUGGAGAAACUUUCUUUGGAGGAAGGAUUCAAGGGAACGAUGGGUGCAUGCCCUGGAAUGAUGGAGGCGCUCAACAAUUUGAUGCGUGACGAGAAUCAUCUUAAGCUUGUUAAACUGGCAACCAAGACUUUGCUGGCACUCUGCUUGCUGAGAGAGAAUAGACGACGAGCUGUUGAGGUAGGCGCGGUGGCUUCACUCUUGGAAAUGCUCCCAUGGGUGGGUUCUGCAACAGCAGAGAAAGUCUUAGCGACUCUAGAGCUUCUGGGCACCAUCGAAGAGGGCAAAGCGGCCAUAAUCGACCACGCACUAGCAGUGCCAGUACUCGUGGAACUCAUCCUAAAAGUCUCCGACAGAGGAACCGAAUAUGCAGCCGGAACGCUCAGCAUGAUGUGCAGCGACUCCAUAGCCAUGCGGGAGGCAGCCGUCGCCCACGGCGCUCCAACGAAGCUGUUGCUCCUCAUACAGAGUGACUGCACGGCUCGAGCCAAGCGUAAAGCUUCACAGCUUCUGAAGGUCCUGCACAAGCUUUGGGUGCAAGACCCCUGCAACCCAGACAUCGAAGGCACGAAAGCAAUCCACUUCUGAGAUCACCCAUCUCCAUCUCCCUCUGUGCAUAUAAAACCCCCUUCUCCGACGCUGACUCCCAGCCAUCCGCAGCGUUCUGUACCAUACAAAUUCGACCCGUCAGUUUUGAUCGACUAAUCCAUCCCUGUAGAGUAGGCCCAAGUUUGGCAUGGCUUGAACAAGAGGAGUUACUGCUGCAGAUGGGAGAACGAGCUCAAUUCACGAUCACCCCUCCGAGACAAGUCGGAGCGAUCAGCGUCCAUCGGUCCGGGUGUAGUUUUUCUUCUAGUGUUGAACAACGCUGUCAAUAGAUCAGCACACUAACUACAACAUCAUGUUGCUCCGGGUAUGUUUGCUAAUUCUACAUGUUCGAUCGGAACACAAAUCGCUCAUGUUCGUCUCACUCACUCA